AUGGCGUCAAAAAGGCUCGUUAUCGUUUGGGCGGUCUGGCUCGCGUUGCCCCUGGCAACGGGCCAUCUCAACGUGCUCAUCAGCCAGGCUGAAGUUAUGAAAUUGUUAGGCUUAGACGCUGAAUUAUUCUACGUCAGGGAGGGUGUGGUUAAUACAUACGCGACAGGCUUCAUAGUGCCGGUGCCAGCGCAUAUUGCGGAUUUGGAGUUUAUGUGGCAGGCGCUAGGGAAGCGACCGUUGCCGUACGUGAUGGGUAUAGACUACGAUAGCAGAGGCGCCAUGCUGCCGCCGCAAGUCAAUAUAUCCGAGCGAGGCUACGUGCCUACCACGCUGCAGACGUUUAGGGUUCGAUUACCGUGUACGGGAUCAAGAAGUGCAGAAAUACUGGUGACGAUGCAAUUGAACAUUUCGGCGCCGGACCGCGCUCAUAAAGACGUGCGGCUCACUUUCAAAAGGAACAAGAUUUGUUUGAAAGGCUUAUCAACAAUCGUAACUCAAAACGAAACAGCAAGACUCGCUGGAGACACAAAUCGAGGAUCUGGUGGAGUGUUGUUCGCGGCUGGGGGUUGUGCAGCAGCAGCAUUAGCGUUACUCGCAGGUGUUGCAGCAGCAGGGACGUUGUACAAGCGAGGGAAUAAGGCUAGGCAUCACGACUCUAUACACGAUAUAUCAUAUUUCAGUACCUCAUACACCACUGCAGCGUAUGGUAGCCACCAAAACGUGUUGCUACGUCUGGACAACCUCGGUCGACCUCCCAGCUCAACUGGCUCAUAUGCAACUAUUGCUAGCUUACAUAAGUUUCCUUUUGGUAGUAGACGCUCCCCUUCUCCUUACGCGACGACACACAUAGGCGAACAUAUCUACGCUAAGCCGGAAUCCCGAGUCUCAUACUACGCUGCGUCCAACCUCACGCACGUUUCACAGCAAACAAUCACAAAAGAUCGUAUAACGGACCCAGCAGAACAAUUGCGUCAUCUGACGACACCGCGUUCAAACAUACGUCUAGAAAUUUUAGUUCAUGAGGGUACCUUUGGACGGAUCUAUAAAGGUGUAUUCAAACGAGGGGACACGUAUGAGGAAGUGCUUGUGAAGACUGUUUCAGAAGCAGCAUCAGCGAUGCAAGCGGCUUUGUUAGUAGCUGAAGGAUUAAGACUAUGCGGCCUUGUACAUGGUAAUGUACUGGCUCCGAUGGCGGCUUGCGCUGAGGAAGCUAGGAAACCAUUGCUAGUGUACUGUUGUGUUUCACAUUCUUCUAAUCUUAAACGGUUCCUAACAUCGUGUCGUCUCGGUCACCAAGCGGCCCCAGCAACUAGAGAGCUAGUGGAUUUAGGCGCUCAAGUAGCUUGCGGUCUCGCGUACUUGCACGUACAACGAGUCAUACACGCGGAUAUAGCGGCCAGGAAUUGUAUAGUGGACGAGAAGUUGAGACUGAAGGUGACUGACAAUGGUUUGUCACGCGAUCUCUUCCCUGACGACUACCAUUGUUUAGGUGAUAAUGAAAAUAGACCUGUAAAAUGGAUGGCUCCAGAAUCUUUACUGCAGAACCAGUACACGACAGCAUCUGAUGUGUGGUCAUUAGGUAUAACGCUAUGGGAGUUGGCAACGCUCGGUGCAUCACCUUUAGCAGAACUAGACGCAGCGGAUGUGGGCGCCUUCCUUAACGGCGGUUACAGGCCAUCACAACCGCACAACUGUCCUGAUGAAUUGUACGGCCUAAUGUCUUGGUGUUGGGCCACUUCAGCUCCAGCUCGACCGACCGCCCCUCAACUUUUAGCAGCACUGCAUGACUUCAGACAAGCACUUAGCACUUAUAUUUAA